UGACCCGCGUAAAAAAAGAUGGCGCUUAAGGCACGGAUCGAAAAUGGCGUCGUCUUCUCCCCGUACCCGUCGCUACCCGUGCCGGAAAUGUCGCUUUACCAGGUGGUCAAACAGUGCCUCGAGCAACACGGGAACAGAACAGCUGUGGUCUGGGAGGAUGAACAAAUCACGUUCUCAGAGCUCCUCAAGAUGUUCCAGCGAUACGCCGCUGGGUUCCAGAGACACGGCGUUAAGAGAGGCGAAAAGGUUCUGGUUCAUCUGGACAACUCUCUGGAAAACAUGAUCGCCAUGUACAGCGUCGUGUUUGCUGGGGGAGUGGCUGUGGUGUCCCAAACUAUCUUAUCAGACGAGGACAUUCUUCAUAGGAUUCGUAAUAGUAACGUCACCCACAUCCUUACCACAUCGAGUGAAGCUAGCCGAUUUAGCGACAUGCGGGAAAGGCUGGACAUGAAGGGUUGCUUCACCACAGGAACCGACCCGGGAUUUGUCUCCGUGGCCGAGUUCAAGAAGCUGAAUGAAGACUCAUACGAAGAGUUGCCUGCGGAGGACGCCAAGAACGAAGUGGUCGUGCACUUGUACACAUCGGGAACAACGGGUCGACCGAAGGCCGUCGAGCACACGCAAUACAGCCUCGUGGCAAGUUUGCCCCGGCCCGGGUGACUUGUGUGGCAGGGAGUGGUCCCCAAAUGGUGUUGCUUGCCAAGACGAUGGAAGAAAAAGGAAUUCGGCUAGAAAUUCUACAGAACGUCGUUCUUUGCAGUGUAAAUGUUACAGAUCAUAUUCUGAGGCAACUUUUACCGUCGUUUAACGUGGCUAUCAUCAAAAGCUUUUAUGGAUCUACGGAAACUUGCGGGAUCUGUAGACCUCCCUGGGGUGCAUCCAACUGGUACGGCAUUGGAUUCCCAUAUCCGAUGGUAAAGAUUAAGGUGACAUCUGCUAUUACAAUGAAGAUGGCCAGUUCUUCUACGUUGAGAGAAUGAGCCAGUUUUUCC